UGUCUAACAAACACCAAGCAGCUGAACGAAAACGAAUUAUUCGAAAUGACCGACGUUCUCAUCAAAUACAACCGUCAGAGUUCUUGUCAGUACCAUGGACACGCUGAGAAAGACAGAGUUGGCCGAACAAUUCUUGCAACUUUCAUCGCAGCCCUCGGUCCUCUCAGCUUCGGGUUUUGUAUGGGAUACUCAUCGCCUGCACUGGAGGAUUUACAAAACGCCGAUAAACCGAACGAUGUCCAAUUAUCCAGCGAACAGGGAUCUUGGUUUUCAUCGUUAAUUGCGAUUGGUGCUAUUUUUGGAUGUUCUGUCGGUGGUCCGGCGAUGGACAGGUUUGGUCGGAAGUUUGCCACCAUGUUGUGCGCAAUACCAUUCGUUCUGGGAUGGCUUCUCAUUAGCUACGCUACGGAUAUUGAAAUGCUUUACGCCGGACGGAUCAUAACAGGAAUUGGAUGUGGAGUAAUCUCCUGCACUAGUCCGGUGUACAUUGCGGAGAUUGCUGCCGCACGCGUGCGUGGUGUAUUAGGCUCCGUUAGAGGACCAGCUUUAACAUUAGGUGCUUUAUUAGCCUUCGUAAUGGGUAUCCUGUUUCACUGGAGAUGGCUAGCUUUUAUAGGCGCAGUUCCACCGGCACUGCUCCUCAUUUUGAUGAUCCCAUUACCAGAUUCCCCUCGCUGGCUGCUGGGAAAGAAUUUCGAAGACGAGGCUUUAGAUUCCUUGUCAUGGUUGCGAGGUCCUGAAGCUGAUGUUCAAGGAGAAUGCUCUACCGUUAAGGCUAAUCUAGAUCGUCACGAGAAGCUUAAUUUGGCAGAUUUGAAGACAUCAGCAAUGGUCAAGCCGUUAAUUAUCAGUGUUGGCCUGGUGAUGUUACAACAAUUAUCUGGAUUCAAUUCAGUGCUCUUUAAUGCUGCAGCUAUUUUCAAAAUAGCGGGAUUCUCAGACGAAAAGCUCGUCUCCUUUAUUAUUGUCUUCGCCCAGCUUAUUGGUAAAACUGCAGCAUGUUUUCUCGUCGACCGGGUUGGCCGUCGAGUUCUCCUCCUGACUGCUUCUUUUGGAAUGACCAUGUCACUUUUGGCACUGGGGAUGUACUUUCAGGUCUACAUUCCUCCGAAUGAUCAUACCAUGGGUAAUGAUACAGCUUCCCAAAUACACGGUUUUAUCAGCCACUCUGUACCUGCCGAUAAGAUCUCCUGGCUCUCAAUCCUUAGUGUUGUUGUACUCGGACUGACAUUCUCCUUUGCGUGGGGACCGAUGCCGUGGCUCGUAAUCUCUGAAAUAUUUCCCCUUCGGGUCCGUGGCCUCGCAUGCAGUUUUGCUUCCAUAGUAUUUUGGGCAACACUGUUUACAGUCACAAAGACAUAUCGUUACUUAACUGAGGCACUUUCUAUCCAAGGUGUUUAUUGGUUGUAUGCUGGCUUUUGCUUCAUCGGCUUCGUUUUUGUUUACUUAAUUUUGCCCGAGACUAAGGGUAAAACUCUAGAGGAGAUUGAGGCUAUUUUUGAGCAGGAAAAAAACCAAUACGAACGGAUUCCCUGAGAGUUAAUUUGGAAUGGAACCGCUGUAUUUGAUCGAUAUUAGCCCCAAGUAAUGUCAUCGCGACACACGCAAUAGGCGUCACUCGCUCCAUAGACACGCUGAGUAAUAACAAUAUUACUUAUGAAGAAACUAAUCAAGAACGGUUAAAUAAUUUUAUGGGAGCAAAUUGCAAAUUUUCUUCCAUAAAAUGAAAAUAAUGUUAUAGAAUUUCUCCAUGUUUUUAUCAUACUAUUUAAAUUCUGGUGUACUGUUUUUUGUUCUGUGGAUUCUACUGGACAGGAGGCUAAAAUUUCAGAAUGUUCCUUCUUUUAUUGAAGUAAUAAAUCGAGUGGAAUCAUACAUUCUUUGUUUGAUUCCUGCAUCGGUUGUCAUGCUGGUGUCUCGGAUCUGGUCCAAGGUUUAAUUGCCUAUGUAGAACGCUUUUCGAUUGAGUGUCAUGAAACCAAAAAUCAAAGUAAUUUGAAAAAAGUAAAGAAGAAAGAAAAUUAUCUUUAAAAUAGGGCACCAAUGAGUCAUAAAUAAAAAAGUCAUAAAAACAAUUUAACCUACAACCUUAGACGUAAAAGCUACUGAGGCACUUUCUAUCCAAGGUGUUUAUUGGUUGUAUGCUGGCUUUUGCUUCAUCGGCUUCGUUUUUGUUUACAUACUUUUGCCCGAGACUAAGGGUAAAACUCUAGAGGAGUUAUAAGAACACAUUUGUAAAUAGAUUAAUUUUUAAAUGCAACCUUUUAUGAUAUUUUAUGCCAGAUAUAUUGUAUCUAGUUUGAUCUUUUUUUUUCUUUUUAUUCUAUUAUAA